AUGGCCGAGUUCAAUGGGAGCUUUGCCUCCCUGAUGGCAGACGCCAGCGUCAGCGUCACGGCUCAACUUGCCAACCCCUUGGAUGCUGUGCACUCCUUUGUCAAUGGCCUCACCAUCUGGAGUGGCCUCCUCUACCUGCUUCUUGCAGCAAUUGUCUACGAUCAAGUGAAAUACAUCUAUCUCAAAGGCUCAAUCGUUGGUCCGUCUAUGAAAAUCCCUUUCAUGGGACCCUUCCUCGAAUCCGUUUUCCCCAAUUUCACCAAAUACAAGGCCAAGUGGAACAGUGGUGCCUUGAGCUGUGUAUCGGUUUUCCACAAGUUCGUUGUGAUUGCAUCCAGCCGCGAUCUCUCUCGCAAAAUCUUCAACUCACCCGCUUUUGUCAAACCCUGUGUCGUGGAUGCCGCCCACAAGCUUUUGGGCGCUGACAACUGGGUCUUCUUGGACGGCAAGGCCCAUGUCGAAUUCCGCAAAGGCUUGAAUGGCCUUUUCACCCGCCAUGCUCUUUCGUUAUACCUACCCGGUCAAGAUGAAGUCUACGACAGGUACUUCAAGCAUUGGGCCGAAGUUUCCCGCAAGAACGACUACAAGCCCGUUCAAUUCAUGCCCGAGUUCCGAGAGUUCAUGACUGCCAUUUCUUGCAAGACCUUUGUUGGAGACCACAUGGACGACGAAACCGUCAAGAAGAUCGCUGACGACUAUUUUUUGAUUACUGCCGCUCUCGAGCUUGUCAACUUUCCCAUCAUUAUUCCUUUCACCAAGACUUGGUACGGCAAGAAGGCAGCCGAUAUGGUCAUGGUGGAGUUCGCCAAAUGCGCUGCCAAGAGCAAGGCUUAUCUUGCUGCUGGUGGUGAAGUCACUUGUAUCAUGGAUGGCUGGAUCAAGCUUCAAAUGGAGUCUGCUAAAUAUCGCGAGAAGGUUGCCAUGGGUAUCCCCGUGGAUGACUCUGAGAAGCCGGCAUCCCUUCUUCGUGACUUUACCGACUACGAAAUCGCCCAGACUGUGUUCACUUUCCUGUUUGCUUCUCAAGAUGCUACUAGUGCGGCUUGCACCUGGUUGUUCCAGAUCAUGGCCGACCGUCCUGAGAUUCUAGACAAAGUCCGUGAGGAGAACUACAGAUUGCGCAAUGGUGAUCGCAACGCACCUUUGACUAUGGAUAUGCUAGAAAGCAUGACCUACACCCGUGCUGUUGUCAAGGAAUGUCUCCGUUACCGCCCACCUGUCAUCAUGGUCCCUUACAUGGCAAAGAAAGACUUCCCUAUUACGGAUACCUACACUGUGCCUAAGGGCUCUAUGAUCAUUCCAUCGGUCUACCCUUCCACUCACGACCCCGAGGCUUAUGAGGACCCCGACAGUUACAACCCUGACCGAUGGAUCACUGGUACCGCUGAAAGCCAAACAAAGAACUGGCUGGUUUUCGGAACCGGACCACACUACUGUCUCGGACAGGUAUACGCCACUCAUAACCUCAUGGGGUUGAUUGGUAAGGCUAGUAUGCACCUUGACUGGACACAUAAGGUCACUCCCCAAUCUGAGGAGAUUAAGGUCUUUGCUACUAUUUUCCCUCAGGAUGACUGCUAUCUCACAUUCACCCCGAGGGAAAAAUAA